UCUGUCGUCCGUCGUUUCAAGAUGGCGACGACAUCGUACCGAAUAUCAAACUUAUGAAUAUCAUAAAGCAUAAUUUUUAUAUCUAGGUGUGUUUUAGUGAACCUUGUUCAGUUAAAUGUAGUACUUAGUGAUUUAGCUGGGAUAUAAUUCAUGUCGAGGUUUUAUUUAUGUUCAAUUUAUCUAGUGAGUGAUUAGUGUUAAGUUUCACUCACACAUAAGUUUAGCCUGCCAAUCAAGACGAAAUUAACAUGCUCAAAUACAAACUAGGGUAUUGGCUUUCAUUUUUAAUUCCAGGACACGAGCCCGGAAUUGUUUUUCACAUUACUUCAGGCUAGACCUAGGGGUUACGGCAUUAUCACUUAGAUAAAAUCCAUUGGUGAUUUGGCGGGAUUUGAACCCAGAACCCCAGGAACCGGAGUCCCGCACUCUAACCACUAGACCAGCUCGCUCCCUUACUAAGCAGAACUAUGAUGACUCAUCAUUGGAAGAGUUGGGGUAUCAUGUAGGAGGUGACGAAUCAACUGACCAGAACAACAAUAUUACAAUGACGAGUGAGGAUCUACUUCAGCCGGGACACGUAGUGAAGGAAAGAUGGAAAGUUAUGAAGAAGAUUGGAGGAGGAGGAUUCGGAGAGAUCUACGAGGGUUUGGACCUUGUUACAAAAGAGCAGGUAGCACUGAAGGUCGAAAGUGCUCGGCAACCAAAGCAAGUGUUAAAAAUGGAGGUGGCGGUGUUAAAGAAAUUGCAGGGCAAGGAGCAUGUGUGUCGUUUUAUUGGAUGCGGGAGAAAUGAUCGAUUCAACUAUGUUGUGAUGCAACUGCAAGGCAAAAAUCUUGCUGAACUGAGGCGUGCACAACCACGAGGUGCAUUUUCCCUCUCCACUACCUUACGUCUUGCUCACCAAAUUCUCAAAGCCAUUGACAGCAUCCAUCAAGUUGGAUUUCUUCACAGAGAUAUAAAGCCGUCCAACUUUUCUAUUGGAAGACUACCUUCCAAUUGUCGGAAAGUCUACAUGUUAGACUUUGGCUUGGCUCGGCAAUAUACCACCGCCACAGGGGAUGUGAGGGCUCCCCGUGCCGCUGCGGGAUUCAGAGGCACGGUGCGAUAUGCUUCCAUCAAUGCUCACAAAAACAAGGAAAUGGGCCGUCAUGAUGACCUUUGGUCUUUGUUCUACAUGGUAGUCGAGUUUGUUAAUGGCCAGUUACCCUGGCGCAAAAUUAAGGAUAAGGAGCAAGUCGGCUUAAUGAAGGAGAAGUACGACCACCGGGCGCUUUUAAAACACCUUCCUUCUGACCUUAGGUUAUUUCUGGAGCAUAUACAGAGUUUGGAGUAUGCUGAUAAACCGGACUAUGCAAUGUUGAGUCUACUGCUGGAAAGAUGCAUGAAGAGGCGUGGGGUACGAGAAUCAGAUCCGUAUGAUUGGGAGAAACCACAGAUCCAAACCAUAGCUCCUGCCAUCACAACCAUGACUACCCCAGCCCCUCUCUCACCUCGCAACAAUAACCAGAACAUCCAGCCUGACAACCGGAAGGAUAACGAGGCUGAGUUUGACGCAGUUUGUCGAAGAACUAGAAAGCUUGAAGUGGACACUACUCAAGUGACUACAACUAAUGCUGACAAACAAGGCAUCACAAUUGACAGAAACUGCAAUGCAACUACCCAGCAGGAUGUCACCACACCAGUUUUGGGUUCACCCAAAAAACAGCGACGUGCGGUGUCUAUGCCUGGAACUCCAGCAGCAGGUCAACAGUCAGACAAAGAGAAAGAUGAAAGAGACGGAGUGGAUUGUGAAGGCGAUGCUGUCAUGAUGUCAGCGCGUAGCCAGUCGGACCGUCGCAGACACACCAGCAACCAGAACCAGCGUAAGUCAGCAGACGCAGCCUUGUCAAGACUGAGAGUUGCCACAGCUCCUCAAGACCGCAACCGUGCGAGGCUCAUGUCAGGAACUGUGUCACUCAACAAUGACUCGGAAGUUGGAGGCGAGUCUCCUCGCAUUCGGGACACCAUCACUGAUCAAGAUGGCAGUGUCUACUCUUUUGACACUUACAGACAAGGAACGGAGCCUGGUGUCCGAGGCAACCAGAGAUAUCGGCGAGCUCCCCCUCCACCUACUGCGCAGCGCAGUGCGUCUAAGAACAAUAAGGACACCUCGGUGACUCAGUUUGCAGUCAUCGAUGAUGAAAAUCUGUCUGCGAUGCAACAAGUGACUCGUGGGGGAGGAGGACUGACCCUGGCAUCUCAGUGGAAGUCGCAAUUUGACGACUCGGAGGAAACAACCGACAACGAGUGGAAGGGGGAAAAUCUCCCAAGUCCUGAACACAGGAAUACCCCAACUGCUCAGGGGGCGAUAGAGUCAGGUGCCAUGGUAGUAGCUGUGGCAAGUGAUGGGAGAGCCGUGAGUCAGUCGCAGAGUCCCUCAACUCGGGCGCCAGAUCCAGCCCUAGCAGCUACUCAAGAACCACACCUUUCAAGAAUCAGCGAAGACUCCACUAGAAAUGAAAAGCAAAGUUUUAAUGUUCUUCCUCAGACCCAUCUUGCUAGUAAUAGUAUGAAUGCCAACAAUAACGGGAACACAAACGCUAUUAGGAUUCAGUGUCUUAACAUCGCAGGCAUUGAAAACUUCCCUGAACUUCAACCAACACUUCCUAAAGCCUGGAGUUUACCUGACGUCACUGCAAAAAUCAGGGGAGGACUGGAACCCCCUCUGUUGCAGCAAGCUGCAUUCAACGAUGUUGUGUACGCAGUAGACGUCAUGAGAGGAGUGGCAUCGCAAGGUUCCCAGUCUGAUACUGCUCGCAGGUCCAGUCUUCCGAACAUAGCUCUGACAUAUCCUAUCCUAGAAAAAGAAUCGUCUCCUUCUCGUCCGAUAGCAGUCACUAAAUCAGUUGAAAAGGAAGAGUCGUCUUUAGCAACAGCAAAAACAACUGCCGAAGAAGAUGAGAUGGAGUUAAGACCAGUUUCAGGUCGACUGGAAAUAAGAGUAGUAGACCGAUCCAACGAUGGAUCCACUCACACUGCGCGGGAGACCAAAAACAACCCUCCUGACCUGAACGCCUCCCAUACCAAAUCUGAGGCAAAAGGUCCCGGGCACAGUCCUGUCAGUCCAGGUAAAGAAGAGCCUGCCUCAGUCUACUUCGAUGCCACAGAAGAGAACAGCAAGGCCCAACACAGUCUUUCUCCUGUUCCUGAGUCCAAUUCUCAACAAAACAGGGGCAAGGGGUCCAACUCCAAAACCAGCAAAAUCCCGAUCCCCGUCUCUGGGAGCAAAAGUCCUCGAGCAAGCGUAAUCGACGCUUUGCCCAGGGCCGAUGUUGAAAUGUUGAGUGCGGAGGCAGAGUGUGUGAGAGAUGCGGUGCCGAUAGUCCCUGUGGAACUACGGCGAUGCGCGACAUUGCCGGACGCGCGACGCGACAAUGACCUGACACCAGCUCUGCGUAGACGCAGGGGUGGCGAGGGCAAAUACGUUACCGACCAAUCACAGUUGCCACUCAGGUUCACCCGGCCGAGACGGUCAGUUGACUCACAGGCUAGGGAGAGAAUCUGGGCGUCGCGAGGCAUUCCUAGCCAUCUACUCGGAGGUCCAGGGGGUGAGGAGAACAGUGAAGUAUCCAGUGACUCUUCUGGCAACAAUCCUCAACCUCCACCCCUAGACCUCCUCCCCCCUCAGGAAAACAACGCCAGGUGUAGGAGGUUCCAUCCAGUGGUGCCACACUCUGACUCCAGCAGCAAGUCAUGAGUCCAGCCCACCAUCACUCAUCAUAAUCAUUCGGUGGAAGUGGCUCCAUAAUCCUCCUCCGACUUUCAUUACUAAUAUUAAUACUUACUACCGUGUUUAGAAUAUCGCCUUGGUCUCCAGAUUAUUUUUUACUUAGUCUUAGAACUUUCAAACCAGUGCCAUAUGUUAUGUAGUUUGAAAGUACUCUCAAACUUAAUAUCGUAUAAGAUCUUAAUAAUAAUAUGUUUUAAGUGAUAUUUUUGUUGCCAAUGAUAUUAAUUAUUUUUUUACUUAACUUGGUCUUUCGUGUUGAUAAGUAAUUGACUGUUUAUUUAUUUUUUCACACCGACUUGUGUUCGGGUGUCAGCCUUCGUAAUAUGCACAUAAUAUUAUAUGUUAGAUGUUGUACAGGGUGACACGGUAAUGCACACGUUUUAGACGUACGUACGCUAAUGUAAUACGUAUGGCAAUAAAGUGUGUGUGAUCGUAACAGAGUACAAUACAGCACGAAAGACUAAGCGAAGCCGAGUUUUGUGAUACUCGUAAUAGGUUCUUACAAAAUGUCUGGAACCACAAGCGAGUUCCACAUAAUGUGCAAUACCAAUUUGUAUCUCGGCGUUUUGUUUGUGUUUUGUCUUUCGAACAAUUAAUUCUAGUCAUUUAUUAAGUAGCUUUAGUCCAUCGUACAUGUAAUGUACUUCAUUCCAGACAUUUUUGGUGGGUUCUCGUUUUAAUUAUUUAUUUGAUAGUCGUUAAUUAAUGUUUUAGUUUUGUGUGAAUUAUUUAUUUUAACCGUUUAACGAAGGAACUCUGGUCAGUAAUAGUCAUUAGAUUCUCUUAUUGUUAAUAUUUCAGAAAUAUUUAGCCAAGCUAUUUAACAAAUUGAUUGUAAAUUAUUGUACAGAUUUCUCAAUUUUAAGAUAAUUUCUGAAAUAUUUCCAAACGUAGCUUUUAAAGUUUCUGUUUAUUUUCUAAAGUGGAGUACCGAUACUGUAAAGUUGGCAGCACAACAGUUUGAUCUCUUGUUAUGUAUAAUUAUUAUAUCUACUUUAAAAGACACUGGAGCUGAGCAGUACACAGGAGCUGUUUCUAUACAGGACCUACUUGGGGCUGUGUUAGCUAUUUUUUUAUUAAUGCUCUAUUUUCAAUGAUCAGUUUGUAUUGUUGCCCGAGACAUUUUGUCUGCUUCAAAAUAAAGAUUCAUGUUAUGUUUGUUUGA